AAAAAAACAGAGAAAAAGAAAUCCUACCCUCCAUAGCGAGCAGUGGUGGUCUGCACUCUGCAGGCAGGCAGGCACCCAGGCCUGCAGCUCGAUGGCGCCGCCGCCGCCGUCGCCGCCGCGAUCUCUCACCUCCGUCUCCCUCCGGACUCCUCUGAGCCCUCUCCUCUUCCUACGGCCAGCUUCUUGCAAUCCAUCGGCGGUCUCCGGCUCCUGCAGCAGCGGAGCAUGCCGCGGCGUGCGCUGCUCGGCGGCGAACAAGCCUUCUCCUUCCACCGCUCCGGGCACCGAGGUAAGCUCGACCUCCAUGGCAAAGAUAAGGAGUGAGGUGCUGUCCCCGUUCCGCUCCGUGCGGAUGUUCUUCUACCUCGCGUUCAUGGCCAGCGCCGGGCUCGGGGCCCUCAUCGCGCUCACGCAGCUCAUCCCGGCGCUGUCCAGCCCGGCGAGGGCGGCCGCCGCGGGGGAGACGCUCAAGGGCCUGGGCAUCGACGUCGCGGCGGUCUCCGUCUUCGCGUUCCUCUACUGGCGCGAGAGCAAGGCCAAGGACGCGCAGGUGGCGAAGCUCACGCGGGAGGAGAACCUGUCCAGGCUCAGGAUCCGCGCCGGCGAGGGCCGCCCGCCCGUCCCGCUCGGCGAGCUGAGGGGCACCGCGCGGCUCGUCAUCGUCGCCGGCCCCGCGGCGUUCGUCACCGAGUCGUUCCGCCGGAGCAAGCCGUUCUUGAAGGACCUCAUGGAGCGCGGCGUGCUUGUCGUGCCCUUCUCGACGGACGGCAACGCGCCGGACCUGCAGUUCGACGAGGCCGACGAGGAGGAGGAGGAGGCGGCGGCGGCGGCUGGGAAGAUGAAGCGGAGGCUCUGGCAGCUCACUCCGGUUUACACUUCUGAAUGGGCCAAAUGGCUAGAUGAGCAGAAGAAGCUAGCCAACGUGUCACCUGAUUCCCCCGUGUAUCUCUCGCUCCGGCUGGACGGCCGCGUCCGUGGCAGCGGCGUCGGGUACCCGCCGUGGCAAGCGUUCGUGGCGCAGCUGCCGCCGGUGAAGGGGAUGUGGUCCGGCCUCCUUGAUGGGAUGGACGGGAGGGUGCUUUGAAUAUUUGACUGAUACAGACCGUGAAAACAUUAGUUGAUUGGAGAAAAAAAAGGACGGCCGGGUUCGAUCUAUAGCUUAUACUAGAACAAGAACAGGAAGAGUUUGAUGAUUGCUUUAACUUCUGUGGGGUUGAUUUUGCUUCCUGCAUCCCAGCGACAUCGCCCAAGUGAAUGUGAUAUGCCAUGUGCCCAUGUACAUGUUGUUUUGCAGCCUACGUGACUUGAUUAUUAACGAGAAUCCUGUGUCAAAGAUCGCUUUUUC